UCGAGUUAAAAUACAAGGAAGAAAAAGACGCAUCUAUAUAAGAACGUACAUACACCGUCGCUCUGGACGGUCUUGACAAGUCUUGUCGCCAACCAGCUCGGGCCUCACCUGAUCCUUAUCCUGCGCCUUAUAUUUCCGGUCGACAUUCGAUCGCGCUCCAAUCUUUUGGAGAAAAAUAGCGUGGUAACGUAAUUCGCGAGGUGCCGUGAUCAAGAUGUUGGACAGAUACGUGUUACUCUUGAUUUUCGCAGUGGCGGCUACGUCCGGUACGAGCCAACCACGAGUGUUCACAAUGUGCAUUCCGGAGAUAUACUCGAAGGAAUGCGUGAAAAUGAUGGAAGAUUCGGUGAGCAAAGGUUUCCCAAUAUCGUGCAUUUCUGGACGCGAUCGAUAUGACUGCAUCGAGAGGGUCGGCAGGAAGGAAGCGGAUAUCGUCGCCGUAGAUCCAGAGGACAUGUAUCUCGCGGCGAAGAAUAAAUUGGCUGAAACAGCGGGAUACAACGUUGUCGAACAGGUGAGGACGAAGGAGGAACCCGAGGCGAUAUAUCGUUACGAAGCGGUAGCCGUAAUACACAAGGAUCUGAAUAUUAACAACGUCCAGGGCCUGAAGGGUCUUAAGUCCUGUCAUACUGGGGUGGGCCGUAAUGUCGGAUACAAAAUUCCCAUCACGAAGCUCACCGCGAUGGAAGUAUUGACUGACAUCAACAAUCCAGAAUAUUCCGCUCGCGAGAAUGAACUUCGAGCUCUGAGCACGCUCUUUGACAAAGGCUGCCUGGUCGGCAGGUGGUCACCCGAUCCCGCCAUCAAUCAAAGGCUCAAGGAGACAUACAGCAACAUGUGCGCACUUUGCGAGAGACCAGACGUGUGCGAUUAUCCGGACAUAUACUCCGGAUACGAGGGAGCUUUACGCUGUCUUGCACACAAUGGCGGCGACGUCGCCUGGACGAAGGUCAUCUACGUGAAACGUUUCUUCGGCCUGCCUGUCGGAAUUACUCCGGCGGUGCCGACACCCGAAAAUCCGGCUGACUUCCGGUACUUCUGCCCGGACGGUAGCAAAGUACCCAUCGACGCGAACACAAAACCGUGCACGUGGGCUGCCCGACCCUGGCAGGGAUAUAUGACCAACGGAGCUGACGCCAACAAUGCGGAAGCUAUCCAGAGAGAAUUAACGCAAUUAGGUCAGCUCGGCGAGAACGAAAAGGCAGAUUGGUGGUCGGAUCUUCUGUUGCUCAAUGAGAAGACUCUAGCUGUCGCUGCACCACCAGUAUCACCGGAGGAGCAUUUAAAAAGUGCGAAAUACAUGGAUGUGAUCGAGAGGAAUUCCGGAGCACCGGAAAGAGACGCACGUUGGUGCGUUUGGAAUGAACAGGCAUUGAACAAGUGUCGCAGCCUCGCUAGAGCCGCAUUCUCCAGAGACGCCAGACCUAGAUUUGACUGUAUACUGGAGAAAGACGAGGCCGCUUGCUUAAAGGCCGUCAGGGACAACGGAGCAGACAUUACCGUGCUUGACGGUGGAUCGGUAAAACUUGCGAUCAACGAUUACAACGCGCAACCGAUCGUAGCCGAGACUUACGGUGAGGGAUCGACAAAAUUCAGCGAGCGACCAGCGGUCGCCGUCAUCAAGAGUGGCUCUUCCAUAAAUGGAUUAGAUGAUCUCAGAGGCAAGCCGUCUUGUCACAGCGGCUUCGUGGGCGAUUUCGCCGGUUAUUAUGCCCCAGCUCACGCACUUAAACAAAAGGGGCUUAUUAACGAACCCAGCGAGAUAAAUUCCUUCUUUUCGAAGUCUUGCGCGCCUGGCGCACCUCUCAAUUCGAAGUUCUGUGAACUGUGUGUUGGCAAUAUCAAAUCCGAUGACGAUCAGACAAAAGAAGCGACGAAAUGCAGACCUACGAAUGCCGAAUAUUACAAUGGCGGAAAAGGAGCACUCAGAUGUCUGAAGGAUGGGAAAGGAGACGUUGCGUUCGUACCUUUGACAGCUUUACAACAGCUCGAUAAGGAGAAGGAUGGUGCUGGUAAACCGGAAGAUUACGUCUUGCUUUGCCCGAACGGCGGUCAGGUAUCCAUCCACGAAUGGGAACAUUGUAAUUUAGGAUUGGAGCCACCAAGGGUAAUUGUCAGCUCAGCCGGAAAGGGUCCAAAUGCCCUGGAAGAAUUGAAACAUGGCAUUUUGGCCGCGAGCACGCUGUACUCCGAAAACCCGGAUUUGCUGCGCCUCUUCGGUGCCUGGGGUGACAAACCCAAUGUAUUAUUCAAGGAUGAUGCAAAGGAACUGAUGUCCGUUGAUAACUCAUGGGAUAAAUGGAACAGUUGGGCGGAUAUUCAACAACAGUAUGGCACUCAUUAAAAUUUGACAAUCAAGAAUUAAACACUAAACUCUGAUAACCGUUGAUUAUAAAAUUUGUGAUAUUGAUGCUAUUACUUUUGUAAAAAUUAUCACUAGGUCACAUAUCAACAACUCGCAAAAAAAACUAUUAAAUAAAUAAAAUAUUAUCACUGUUGAUAACCUUGCUUAUGUUUAUGCAUUGACAAGUAGCAUACUGCCAACAGAAAUUACAUAUUUUCAUAUUACAUUAAUCUUUUAAGAAAUCAUGCCGAGCAUAAACUUGAAUCAAAUGCUUAUUUCUUUAAAUUUGCAAUAAAAAUAUAUUUUUCUGAGCA